AUGACGACACAAGGACAGCCCUACUAUCGAUACGACGAGGAGUUUUCUGGAGGUUUUUUUUGCAUUUCCAUGAGAAAGUUAAAGAUGCGAAAAUUGAGCUUAUAACACUUUUUUUGCUUAAUUUUUCAUUCAACGAUAGCUAGAAACUGUUGAAGAGAGAGUGAGAAAAAAGAGAGCGCAGACAAGGUAGAGUGUUUCAAGUUGUGGCGAAUGAAGUAUUUAAAAAAAUGGAAGGGCUCAUUUUUUGCGGCUUGAUUUUAUAGUUACUAAUUUUGGCUCCUAUUUUUGUAGCUUGCAACUAUUUUAACUUCUUACUCACCGUAGAAAUCGUUAUUUUUCCUAGAUAUUUCUUGGAAUUUUUCUUCAAGCCUGCUUUUUUAGUUAGUAGACGCACUAGAGCUUAUGGUUGUAUCAUUACGAUCAGGUUACAGUAAUCCUACAGUUCUUCUCAAAUCUCCCGAAGAGGGGGGGGGUCGUCUUUUUCUCGAUAAUGGACGGGUGCUUUCAAUUUUUAACAAGAGUAGAUCUCUUCUCUGACUUUUAAACUUCUCCGGAUUCGUUGUUACAUUCCCACACGAAAACCCAUGCACCGGAUGAGUUUUUUUGCAGUAUCCAAGACGACGGGCGAGGUUCAGCUGCAUCGGGACAUUGGCAUCAACGAGCCACGACGGCCGAAAAACGGAAGUUUGAACUCGCCGACGUCAGACCAGCGCUUCGGACAGCCGCUGCCGUCGCCUCUUCAGGAGAAUAAGCCUUUUCGGCAGCCUCCUGCCAAGCAACAAAGUCCGUUUUUGUGCCAUCUUUGAGUGGUAUAGUUUGUGACAGUUUUCGCGUGUCUGCGUCUCUCUGUUCCCUCACCGGCGAGGUCAGAGAAACAUGAAAAAAGCACGUAAACAUGAGAGAGACGUCGAGAGACGAGGAGGGCGCAGAGAAGUCUCGCAUAGUCGCGAAAAACGGACUAUAUCAUGGAAAUUAUUGGUAGAUAAGAUUCCAAAUUUCGCACUGGAGAAUUAAAAAGGACAAAGAAGUAGUAACGGAAAUUAGAAAAUACAAAAAAUAUUGAAAGCUCAAAAGAGUGCAUGGAAUGAUGGAAUAUCGGUUUGCAAGAGAACUAGUUGAAAAUCGGACCAAGAAGCUCAAUUUUUUUUUGAUAGCUAAUUCUGAUAUUAUCAGUGGAGAGCGCUAUAACCUGCUGUAAAAUUUCGUCCAGGCCGUUUCUGAGAAGAUUUUUUUUUCGCUGCCUUUUUGAAAAUAUCAAUCAAUGGAUCAAUUUUCACUAGAAAUAUUUCUAAACUUUCUUCAGGCAUGUCGUCCAGCUCAAGCUCACAAGAAGAUUUGCACCGAAGCGUCGCGGUUACGGUAGUCAAGGAUUCUGGAACUAAGGUAUAGUCAAUGUUUCCCGACUUGAAAGGGGAGGGAGGCGUAGCGUGUGCGUACGCGGUUCUUGGCGGGCCAGUUCAAUUCAAUCGCCGCCGACUAUUUAAAAAGCUCGGCGACCGCUCUUUCUCUGUAUUUUCUACUAAUUUUUGAUGCACAAGUUAACAUAAUCAAUAAAUAACUUAAAAAAGAAGUGAAAAGGGCGAUAAAUGAGCUCUCUGAAUGCUCGCUGGCGCUUGAAUUGAACUCGUGCCAAGAUCCGCGUACGCACACGCUACGCGUCCCGCCCCUUGCCCCGCCUCCCUCGCCUUUCAAGUCGGGAAACAUUGACUAUAAUCAUGAUCUUACUUUUGCGAAAGUUGCUGGAAUAUUUUCUCAGGUUGAACUGAUGCUCAAAGCUCAUGGGCUCAAGAAGAAGAAGGGAUUCCUCAGCAACCUCAUCACGACUUUCAAAAAGGUUACUACUUUUUCUCGAAUUUUCGAGUGUCUGCCUCUCUCUGUUCUCUAACCAGCGAAGUCAGAGAAACAUGAAAAUAGGGCGCCAACAUGAGAGGGCGCAGAGAAGCUUCUCACUUUCUAGAAAAAACUAACUAUAAAGAAAUUUCUUCUUUCCAUGAUUUUUUGGGACAACUAUAAUUUUUCAGCCCCACCAACCGUCAAGAUUACUUGCCAACGGAAGAUUCACGAACUUUGCCCUGACGGAAAAUUCUCUUCAGUUUGUCCUCGUUAUCAAUACGGAGAAGAAAAAGAAGAAAGGUUCAUUCUUUAUUCAAAAUUUAACUUGAUUGAAUUUUACAGGAAAUGGAAAUCGACAAGACACUUUCUCGUGUCACAUCCGACAGUUCCCCUGUGAGAUCAACCCGGACAGCGCCGAAUUUGAGGCGAGUAGAACUUUUUCCUUUCUUUAGCAACUGUAAGACCAUACAUCGGCUGAUUUUUGGCUUUUUAAGCGCGAAACAAAGAAAUUGAAAAUGAACUGCAUUAGGCCGCACUUUUUGGGGAGUAACAAGACUUAUAAUUAUUAUAGUCUGUGUGCCACAACUUGGAAUUUCAUCGAACGACAUUCCGCUGUGCCGCUGCGCGCCUUUGCAAACCUUGGUCGCGCUUUUGGUUUUUUUUUCUUCUAUCAAGGUGCUACCAUGCUAACACAGCAAAAAAAAUCAAUUGAAAGAGUGAUCUAGAUUCGAAAGACGCUUUGCGAACGCACGCAGCGGAACAGCGGAAUGUCGUUCCGUGAAGCUUCAAGUCCUGGCACACAGACUAUAAUAAGACGAGAAAGAUUUUUUUGGUUUCUUCAAUUUAUUCAAAAAGCAAAUUUCAAAGAUUAGAGAGGUUCCAGAGUAAUUUAGUGAAUUGGAAGAGCUCUUAACCUUGAAAAAACCUAAAGAAACGGAAAAUUUUUCAUACUUUAGGAUUUUCGCUCAAUCUUCUAGAAAGUUUUGAAAGAUUUGGGAACUCCACAGAGCUCUUUUGAGACUCGGUUCAGAGCAGAGUUGUUCGAGAUAUGACUUUUAGAAGUACAGACAAAUCUCGUUUCGAAAUUUGUCGAAAAAAGAUCGAAAUUGCGGGAAAAGAAGCUGAAAAAUCGCAUUUUUGUCACGAGAUAGUCUCGAAAAGAACCAACCAUAGUUUGGAGAAUUAUGUUACCUAGGGCUCACCAUUUAUCUAAAAUAAUUUAUGUAAUCUUUGAUGUUUGAAAGCAUCUUCAAUUCAAUUUCUUUCUUGAACUGUACUUUUUAUAUGAUUUUAGAUGUGGAAAAAUAUUUUUUUAGUGGCUAUUUUGUUCACGUUCUCUUAGCCCAAUCUGUCAAGCUCAAUCUUGAGAUAAUUCUAUGAUUAUCAGAAUACUUAUUGAUUUGCUUCAGGUCCUCGAACCAGCAAGUGGCGAAGCUUUCAUCCUUCUCACCCUGAUGAAGCUGGCGACGAACGUCAACUGGAAGGAGUUCCUCGACACCCACGGCACCUUGGACGCCAAAGAAAUCUAG